GGCGCCUGGUACGACGCCGACCGGAGCCCGGCGGGCCAUGAGGAGGCGAAGCGCGGCGGGCAGGCGCUGCGAGAUGCCGGCUACGAAUUUGACAUCUGCUUCACCUCAGUGCAGAAGAGGGCGAUCCGGACCCUCUGGACAGUGCUGGAUGCCAUUGACCAGAUGUGGCUGCCGGUGGUGAGGACAUGGCGCCUCAACGAGCGGCACUACGGGGGCCUCACCGGCCUCAACAAGGCAGAAACUGCGGCCAAGCACGGGGAGGCGCAGGUGAAGAUCUGGAGGCGUUCCUACGUCCGGCCGCCCCCGAUGGAGCCCGACCACCCCUUCUACAGCAACAUCAGUAAGGAUCGCAGGUAUGCAGAUCUCACCGAAGACCAGCUGCCCUCCUGUGAGAGUCUGAAGGACACGAUUGCCAGAGCUCUGCCCUUCUGGAAUGAGGAAAUUGUUCCCCAGAUCAAGGAGGGGAAACGCGUACUGAUUGCAGCCCAUGGCAACAGCCUGCGGGGCAUCGUCAAGCACCUGGAGGGUCUCUCUGAAGAGGCUAUCAUGGAGCUGAACCUGCCGACUGGUAUCCCCAUUGUCUAUGAAUUGGACAAGAACUUGAAGCCCAUCAAGCCCAUGCAGUUCCUGGGGGAUGAAGAGACCGUGCGUAAAGCCAUGGAAGCUGUGGCUGCCCAGGGCAAGGCCAAGAAGUGAAGGCGAGCAGGCAGACCACCAUCCUGAGGAGCCCCCUCCCUGCCCAUCCCAUCCCUCUCUACCCUCCCCUGCACAUGUCACACUGACCACAUCUGAAGGCA